AUGUUCGCCCGCCAGACAUUCCGCUGCGCUCAGCCUUUGAAGCAGAGCUUCCGCAAGUACUCUGCGGAGGCACCCAAGGCCGCUGAGUCUGCCGCCCAGACUCCUCCUCCCCCUCCCAAGAAGGCCAACUUGACCCCUAUCUACCUCGGUGUCGGUCUGGCCGGCCUGGGUGCUGGUCUUUACCGCUACAACGCCAGCGCCGAGGUCAAGGACCGCCCGAAGGUUUUCAACGGCGAGGAUUGGAUCGACCUCAAGGUCUCCAACAUUGAGACUCUGAGCCACAACACCAAACGCCUGCGCUUCGAGUUCGAGGACAAGGAGGCCGUUGGCGGUCUUCCCGUUGCCUCUGCUCUGCUCACCCGAUUCAAGCCCGAGGGUGCCGAGAAAAACGUUGUCCGUCCCUACACUCCCACCAGCGAAGAGGACCAACCUGGCUACCUCGAGCUGGUCGUCAAGGCCUACCCCAACGGCCCGAUGUCCGAGCACAUCCACUCCCUGAACGUCGACCAGCGCCUGGCCUUCAAGGGCCCCAUUGUCAAGUACCCCUGGGAGACCAACAAGCACAAUCACGUCUGCCUGAUUGCUGGUGGUACCGGUAUCACCCCCAUGUACCAGCUGGCCCGCCAGAUCUUCAAGAAUCCCGAGGACAAGACCAAGGUCACUCUGGUGUUCGGUAACGUCAGCGAGGACGACAUUCUACUGAAGAAGGAACUUCAGGAUCUGGAGAACACCUACCCCCAGCGCUUCCGCGCCUUCUACGUCCUGGACAACCCUCCCAAAGAGUGGACCGGCGGCAAGGGCUUCAUCACCAAGGAGCUGCUGAAGACUGUCCUGCCGGAGCCCAAGGAGGAGAACAUCAAACUCUUCGUGUGCGGUCCCCCCGGCCUGUACAAGGCUAUCAGCGGCGGGAAGGUCAGCCCCAAGGACCAGGGCGAGCUGUCUGGUAUCCUGAAGGAUCUUGGCUACAGCAAGGAGCAGGUCUUCAAGUUCUAG